UAUAUAUCUGGUAUAAUUUAGAGGACGCAGCCACUAUACAUGCUAUCUCACUCACAGCCAACUAUAGGUGCCGUUGAAAGCAUCAAACGCAUCGCGCGUCAUUGUACAGUGGACCGUAAAGAAGAACACUUGUGUUUGUGUCAGGUGAGCAUGGGAAGCCAGCUGUGGACCAUCGGGCGAUUCCUGGAUGCGGAACUCCGAACUCCCACACGUCCCAUUUCAUGUAAGGUACACCGGGUGAAUUCAUUAGGUUAUGGAACCGUAGUGAUUUCUAUAGCCAAAGGAUCACCAAAGGGUCAGAGAACCCCUGGAUUAUCACCAUUUCCUGGACGUCCAGGUCAAAAUCCAUCGUUCCCUGGACCAUCUCCACUACAAUUUCCAUACCCACCAUUUCCAGAAUUUCCAGGCCUAAUACCACCUGGUCAAGGUCCACUCGGUCAGAGACCACCAUGGCAAGGUCAAGGACCACCUUGGCAAGGUCCACCAGAUCAAGGACCACAAGGGCGAAACCCCCCGGGUCAGGGACCAUCUGAUCAAGGACCACUAUGGCAAGGUCCACCAGGUCAAGGAUCACCAGGGCCAAUACCCCCGGGUCAGGGACCACAAUGGCAAAGUCCACCAGGUCAAGGGUCAUCAGGGCAAAUACCCACGGGUCAGGGACAACCAGUUCAAAGACCCCCUGGUCAAGGUUCAUCAGGUCAGGAACCAACGGGUCAGCGACCACCAGAACAAGGAUCAGCAGGACAGGGAUCAUCGGGUGAAGUGACUCAAGAUUUUGUGCAAUUUGAAAACACUCCUGAUAACCUUGAUCGUUUGAGGCAUAUACAACCCGGUGAGCUGGUGGAGGAACUGAGUGGCCAGGUCGAAGGGGAUAUGGUUUUAACCGAGGAGCAGUACAGUAUACGAGAAGAGAACAAGGUAUUGCCGUACGAAAAAUAUCUCUGGCCGGAUGCUGUCGUAUAUUACGAGAUCGAGAAAAGCCAUUUCAGCGAUAGUCAGAUCGGCUUCAUUCUUAAAGCAAUGAAGAAGAUCGAGCGGCUCAGCUGCGUGCUUUUUAAGCAGCGCAAUCAGAAUCAGAAGGAUUACGUCCGCAUUCACGGUUCCAAACCCGGCUGUUUCUCCAAUUUAGGCCGCGUUGGAGGACAGCAGCAGCUCAACUUGCAUCCAGCGCCCGUCGGAACAAGAUGCUUCAAGAUCGGCACGAUCAUACACGAGUUGUUUCACGUGCUCGGAUUCAUCCACAUGCAAAGUGCGAAGGAUCGGGAUAAUUGGCUGUUGAUCAUGUGGAAGAACAUCCAACCGGGCUACGUGAAUGCAUUCAAAAAGUUCGAAGCAGGGCAGAGUUUCCGAACACAGUACGACUACGGCAGUGUGAUGCACUAUGGUACGAAGGCGUUCGGCGAUGGGCGCAUCACUUUAAUGCCGAAAAAGAAAACCAGUAAAACAAUUGGCCAACGAAUUGGAAUGAGCCAAUCAGACGUUACCAGAUUGAAUAGAAUGUACGAUUGUUGGGUAGGUUACGAGGAGGAGUUUAAUUGGGACUCAUAGUAUAGCCCGGAGUCAUGUUCCUUGCUGUUGCCCACACACAGUUUCUAUCGAAUGUUUCGCAAAUUUCGGGCAAUCGCAAACAAAGUUUUUUUUUAUGGUGUGUCACAAUAAACCAUGAAAAUGUUAACGAAUAAUAUAUUCAACUAGGUCAUUUUCUGAAGAUUCAAAUAUCGUUAUAAAACAGAAAAAAAUAUUUAAUGUCUUCUAAACUAUUGUGUCCUAAUUCUAUGCUGAUUGGUCAUAUCAAUACAAAAAUAUGGAAUU